GAGCUCAGCGACGCGGCAAUCUGUAUUUUUCUGUUGCAAUGGCUCCGAGGGUAGUCGAAGAACAUUACCGACCGUUCUUCUAAUACCGACGAGAAGUACGUUCUCCUAAUAUCGACCAGAGGUAACUGCGACUUCUCUUUUAAAUUGAGGUCGCUUCUGGGACUUCUAUCGGACACUCUUGAAACUUGAUCAAUUUUGACAGCUCAGCUUGAACAUGUGAAAAGAGAUAAAGAUGGCCUUUGUAUGUUUUUAUUUCGAACGUAAAUAUUGACGACGGAUGAAUAUAGUUGGGAAUGAUGCGGUAAUUCAACAUAUUGCAAUAAUAUUCAACGACACGGAUCAAAUACAGAUAUGAGCUUAUCUCAUCCUUAUUGGCGGGAAUGGGCGGCGUGACAACGACGGUGAAUGGUUGGAACGUAACCUGAAAUCGUUGUAACAUUCGACAUGCAACUUUUAUAAUAUAUUAUCACAUUGAUACGUAUAUAUAUAUAUAUAUAUAUAUAUAUAAGAUACUGUAUGCUACAAAUAAACGCCUGCCGCUAUGGAUAGGUAUGAAUUAACGUGGAACAAUGUGAUCAAUUGGAUUGCUUCGGGCGCAAUGAUCGUUGGCGGGAUUCUACCGUACGUACCGCAAUACAAGGAAAUCAAGAGAAAAGAAGAUGCGGAAGGAUUCUCCCUUUACGUUUGUCUCACCCUUCUUAUCGCCAACACUCUCCGUAUAUUAUUUUGGUUUGGCAAACAUUUUGAACUUCCACUUUUAUUGCAAAGUAUACUUAUGAUUAUGGCAAUGUUUGUUAUGAUUAAACUUUGUAUCAAUAUACAAAACAGAACACAGAUAAUUAAAGCAAAGGAACGUGUGUUUACAGAUUUGGAUGUCAGGUUUUUUUGGAAAUGGACAAAUUUUCAGUCCUAUCUGACUUUUAUGGUUUUAUUUGCUACUGUAGGUGGUGUGUUUAUGUAUUUGUUUAUAGAUAUACCAAUAUUUAUUGAAAUUGUUGGUUUGUUAGCGGUGUUAAUAGAAGCUAUGCUCGGUAUUCCUCAGUUUUUACGAAAUUCUUCUAAUAAAUCAACUGCAGGGAUGAGUGUAACCAUGGUAACUAUGUGGACACUGGGAGAUGUUUUCAAAACAUGCUACUUCAUUUUGAAGGAUACUCCAGUGCAAUUCCAAAUAUGUGGUGCUGUUCAGGUUGUAAUAGAUAUUGCAAUUUUAGUACAAGUAUAUAUCUAUUCAAAAAAAAAUACUCCGCACACAAGAACGGCUAUAAGAGCAGAUUGAAAAUUUUUUAGGCGAGUUGUAUAUGCCUAUGUUUAUAUAUAUAAAUUUUUUUAAUGUUCAUAUUUAUAUAACAAGAUGGGAAACUAAUAUAUUUUUUAUAUUGACUGACUGCAACAAAGUAUUUAUAUGCACUUAAGAUAAACCAAAUUUCUUAACAUUUACCAAACAAAGUGCAGUUAAUAUUUUGAUAACAAUAUUAGCGUUUUACACCAUUUAUUGUAUAAAUCUACACGUGAAGUUAAUAUUUCAUCAUUAACUGCACAUCUAAUGCCAAAUGUAAUUAUCUGUUCCUCUCAUUUUAUGUUAAAAUAUAAACAUUACAAUUUA